AUGACAUCCAACAUAUUGUCGAUCAAAAUCUCACGAGAGCAUGCCAUCAAUUUCCUGGUAGUCGGUGCUGGCCACGGAGCCACAGUUACCUUUGAGCGGUUCCGCCACGGUAUUGCCAUCGACAUGCAACAGUUCAAGGAUGUUCAUCUCGAUGUGGACGCUGAGCGACUGACUGUGGGCGGAGCGACGGUGUUCUCGGACAUCAUCGAUCCUCUGUACUUAGCACAACGGGAAAUAGUGACACCGUCAGCUCCUUGCGUAGGAGUUGUGGGCAUGACCCUGGGAGGCGGUAUCGGGAGUCUGCAGGGGCUGCAUGGGUUACUGCUAGAUUCGCUCGAGUCCGUUCGCCUAGUCACCCCGAUUGGAGACCUUAUCGAGGUCUCUGAGAUACAGUACCCAGAGCUUUUCUGGGGCCUGCGUGGUGCCGGGUCCAACUUUGGAGUCGUCACCUCGGCUACCUAUCGCACACACCAAGCCACCCAUGGGGGCCUUGUCACUAAUGUAGACUUCAUUUUCACGGCGACUGAGCACGCUUCCAUUUGGCAGGCACUGAGCGCGUUCGAUGAGACGCUUCCGCCUGAGCUGGCAUUGACCCUGGCGGUGGCCUAUAACCGGACGAUCGACCAGCCACUUGUGCUGGUCAACGCUAUAUACUACGGUCCUGAGGAACAGGCGCUGGAGCUACUGAGCCCCUUCACCAGUCUCACCCCAAUCAUGUCCCGUAGUGUGACUGUGCCCUGGAAUGCCCUGCUCGACACCACCUUCUUCGGCCUAGCAGCCCAGGAAGGAGGGGCCUGCGCUAAGAACCAAUCGGUCAAUAUAUACAGCAUCGGACUGAACCACACCGACGUACCUGCCUGGGAGUCGUACAUGGAGCAACUACUGCAGUUCUAUCACCAGAAUCCCACCUACGAUGGCCGCUUCCUUGUGCAACGCUAUUCCACGCAAGGAGCCCUGUCCACGCCGGACUCCGAUACGGCCUAUCCCCACCGACAGAUCAAGAUGCAUAUCAAUCUUGAGGGCUGGUAUACCGACCCCUACCUUGAAGACCCGGUCAACGCCUUCCUGAAACAGUCUCGCCGGCACUUUCAGCAGUCCAGCGGAUUCGACAAUCUGGCCGUCUAUGUUAACUACGCUCAUGGCGAUGAGGGGCCAGAUGUGUGGUAUACCGCUGAAAAGCUGGAAAAUCUCACUCGGCUGAAGCAAAAAUGGGAUCCUGAAGAGCGAUUCAGCUGGAGUAACCCUGUUCCGUUAUCGGAGGAGUUCUUGGAGCUGUAG